AUGUCGGAGAACCUUGAUGGCUUUUUUGCUGGUAAAACAUUACAUUUCAGUAAAAGUUAUCUGGGCUUGUUUCUCGAUUAUGAACCUCGUUAUUUAAUACAUGGAAUUAUUGCAGCAAACUGUGUGGGCAUUGAAGCAGGAGUGCAGAAUGCUGUCCAUCCACGCUACCGCUCUCUGGCCAAGGCAGGUGUAAGGUUAUAUUGUAAAUGUGCUGAUCUCUCGAGUAUAUAUGAAGCACAAAAAUUUGCACUAACUACUCCAUGUAAUGCUCCAGCCAUGUAUAUUCAUAGUAUGGCAGACCAGGUUGCUCUAUUCCCUCAUUUGGAACCAGUCAUAUGUGCACAAGAGAAAGUUUCUCCAGUGACUACUUUCAUAAUUCCUAAGGAAGAGCAGGUACCUCAUGUAACUAUUAUGAGGCAUCUCGGAGAACACAAGUACAUGGGUUUAAUCGACAAGUUUGUAGAAAAGUACAGAGGAUUUGUUUCUUCAGGCAGUCAAAAAAAUGUGGCAUCUAUUUCUUCUGAGAAUGCACCAAGCUCAGAGAGAAUUAUACUUUCUUUGUAAGACAAGGAAAGUCUGUAUAUAGAAAAUAUGUUGUACAUCAUAUCUCUCCUUAAAAGCAAGGUGGCAUGUGCAGACUUCAAGCAUGUGGAUGCAAAUGAUUUGUAACCACUGAGUAAUGUUCAAAAAAAGAAAAAAUAAACCUGGUGAUAAGAUACCAUAUGUAAGUCUGCCUUUCACAGUAGAGGAGAAGAAUUAACACCUGGUUAUAAUGUAGCCAAAUUUUAAUACCACUGGAAGGAAAUUAGUGCAAGAUGGGACCAAUUUCUUUUGGUGUUUCUAUACAAUAACAGGCACAAGAAUAUUUUUGUUUACUUUGGAUUAUUGUAAGCUAAAGUACAGUAUAUGUAAAGAGGUGAAACUGAGUGGCGUAUGAUGCAUAAAAAGUAAAUAAAUUUCUAGUGAUUAGGUAUUCUCUUGGAAGAUGUUGUAUUGGUUUGGUCUGUAUAUUUUUUAAUGUUCUCUUAUUCAGUGUGGAUGAUGCCAUGGUCUUUACUUCAAAUAUGAACACAGUGUGCAUUUCAAUUUUAAGUGUAUUGUACAGUUGGAAAUAGUUGUUCCCACAGUAUGAAAUUUAUUUAAUAUAUUUUUUUUUUUUUUUUCUUUCGUGUAUCUGUUUUGUAGUUAAACCACUUUUGCUUCACAUUCAGAACUUGUGCCUUAAUAUUUGAUAGCCUGCUGGAUUGCUUGUAUGUUGAUGCAGCCUUAAAAUAGUCGGCUACCACUUUUCUCCCACUUUAAAGGAUUUUUAAACAUUAUUUUUAGUAUCUCUAAAAGGUCUCAACAAAUUAACCCUUUGAGGGUCGGUCACGUACAAGUACGUCAUUGCAGCCACGGUCGGUCACGUACUUGUACACCUAAAUUCUAUUGCCUUCAAAUCUGGUGGAAGAAAGCUGGCAGGCCUACAUAUGAAAGAAUGGGUCUAUGUGGUCAGUGUGUGCAGUAUAAAAAAAUCCUGAAGCACGCAGUGAUAAUGAGAAAAAAAAAAACUCCGACCAUGUUUUUUAUUUAAAACAUCGACUUUGUAGUGUAUUUUCGUAUGAUAUUUAUGGUUGUAUUCUUGCUUCCUUGCUCCCAUUUGAUAGAAUGGAAGAUAUAUUACAGAAAUAGUGGUGAUUUUGAUUGGUUUCACAAUGACAAGUACCUUGAAAUUGAGCUCAAAGUAAUGAAAAUGAUUGAUUUUUGCCAAUGUUCAAGAGUAAACAAAUCAUGCCACGCGUCCAAUACACGUCAACUGGUGAGUCUAAUAUUCUUUCACAAGUGUGCUGACAUCAUUUAUACUGUUUUCACAAUGAUGCAGUAGUAUACAUAACAGAAAACCUUCUGUUUUCUGUGAGAAUAAAAAUUCAAAAUGGGAAGCAAAAGUAUUGUAAGAAGGGCCUAAAGAUGUGACAAAUGAACAGAUAAAAUGUUAUUUUAGUGCCAUAAAUGUCUGUCUUGUUAAUUCUGGACCCUAUUUUGAAAUUGGCAUCUUUUGAAAUUUGUGUGAAAUUGCCAAUUUCUGACCACUAUUGGGUAGUUGAAAUCAGUAAAUGGGCAGAUUCUUGGACUCAAUCAAUAGAAUAAAUGGAGUUCUAGGGAAAUAGCUAUGAUAUUAGUCAGCUGGAACAUUGGAAUUGGCCAAAAAUAGUGCUCAAAGUGGGCGAAUUCACCGAUGCGGAAAUAUCAUCGUGACCGCUAACUUCACGAGAACGUAAUUGUGUAAGUUUUCCAUCAAAUUUCAUAUUUUUUUUCAUUAUGUUCAGAAAAAAGAUUCUCUAUCAUUUCAUAAGAAGCAAUAAUUUUUUUUUAAGUUUUUCAAAAUUUUUUUGACCCUGAGAACAAGUUUGGGACAGGACCUCUCGAUCCUCAAAGGGUUAAUGUUUUUUAUUCUACAGAUAUGUCAACCUUAUGUAUUUACUGUAUUCUUUUGGAAGAUUUUUGUUACUCAAAGGCCAUUAUUUAUAUUUAAGGGUCAUUUUCUUUGAAUAAUGCUUGAUAACUAUUAAAUGAUCUGCAUAAAAGUUGCACAAUAUAUUAUAUGGCAUUUUUUAGUGCAUUGCAUUGUUUUGGAGUGAUACUGCUCUGCCAUGAUUAAUGUGAAUCUUUCUAAGGAAUCUUUGCUUUCUAUUUGUACAGUAUCUAAAUUAUAGGCUAAGCUAUUUGCUUAAAGAUGAAGAAACUGGUUUUCCUAUAUUUGUGGCAGUGUUGCCUCAGCCUAGGUAUUUUUUAACCCUUUGAGGGUCCAAGAGUCCAAGAAUUUAAAAAAAAAAUUACUUUUUCUUAUGAAAUGGUAAAGAAUCUUUUUCUGAAGGUAAUAAAACAAAAAGUACGAAAUUUGAUGGAAAACUGACAAAAUUACGCUGUAGUGAAUUUUAUUGCAGCAGCAGUGUUUAUGCAUUGGCGAUUUUGCCCACUUUGACUCCUAUUUUAGGCCAAUUACGUUAUUCUAGUCAACCAAAUUCUUAGCUAUUUCGCUACUAUCACUUCUAUUUUAUUGAUUGAUCGCAAGAAAUCGCCCAAUCAACUAUAUCAACUACCCAAUAAAGUGAUCAGAAAUUGGUAAAUUGGCUAGUUUCACACACAGUUCAAAAUAUUCCAGUUUCAAAAUAGGGUCCAGAAUAAACACUGCAGACAUUUUUGGCACUAAAAUAACAUUUCCUCUGUUUAUUACUUACUUUUCCAGGCUUUACACAUGAAUUCUAUUUUGAUUUUUUAUUCACAUAAGGAAUUUUUAUUCACACCAAAAAAUAGAAGAUUUACUGCUAUGUAAUAUUGUAAUAACUGUAUAAAUAAUAUUAGCGCAUUCAUGAACGUAUAUUAGACUCGCCAGUUGACGUGUAUUUGACGCAUGACGUAAUUUGUUUACCCAUGAAAAUUGGCAAAAAUCAGACAUUUCUGCUACUUUGAGCUCAAUUUCUAGCUACAGUGGUACCUUGGGAUUCAAACUUAAUUCGUUCCAGAAGGCUGUUCGAGUGCCGAUACCGAACAAAUUUAUUCCCAUAAGGAAUAAUGUAAAUUAGAUUAAUCCAUUUCAGACUCCCAAAAAUACAUUUACAAAAACACUUACAUAAAUACACUUACAUAAUUGUUCGAGUUUUGAGCUGUUCAUAUCCCAAGGUACCACUGUAUUUUCAAUGCUAAAACCAAUCAAAAAUAUCUCUAUUUCUGUAAUAUAUUUUCCAUUCUAUCAAAUGAGACCAAGAAACCCCAAAUACAAUCAUAAAAAACAUACGAAAAUACACAUCAAAGCCAGUUUUAAUCCAAAAACACAGUAAGAAUUUUUUUUCUCAUUAUGCACUGUGUGCUGCAGGAUUUGCUUUAUAUGGUGCACACUUAACACACACAUCCAUUCUCUCAUAUCUAGGCCCAAAUUUACCACUCACAGUUUAUCUGAGUGAGCUGAGCUCAUGGUGUAGAACUACAGCUUGAACCCGAGCUUCAGAGCCAUAGAACUAUGGGACGGACCCUCAAAGGGUUAAACCUCAUCUUCAGAAAAUGCCGUGAUGCAUUAUUAAACCUUGCUUUAAAUGUGGAACCUGCUUGCCUUGCCACUGUGCAUCUUAUUUCAACAGUGUAAUAGUAUAUGAUCUUGUUUUGUUUACAUCUGACUUUGCUUACAGGAUAAUUUUAUUGAUCUGUUUUAUGUUGCACAAUAUUGUAUAAAAAAAGUCGUAGGAUUCAGUAUAUUUUUAAUCUCUCUUGGUAUAGACCUUUAAAUUUGUCUUUAAUACAGAUUUAAUGAGAUUAUUAACAAGUUAUUUUGAAACAAUAAUUUGACAAUGGUUUUAAUAUUUCUUUCUGCUCUGUCAUGUACAUACUAUCAUCUAGUUUCAACUUAAAUUAUAGGAAGAUGAAAGCAAGAUAAGCUUUCAUUUUCUUUCUUUAUUCAGCUUUGCCAUGGUAUUCAAGGUAGUUUUCAGUCUAUUUUACAAAAUCUUAUAAGUUUUUGUCAUUUAUAUUAGGAUUAUGUCUACCUCUUCAUCCUAAGCAGUAAAGCCAUAUUUGUUUGGUAAUAGUUUCAGCUUUUUUAUAUUAUGGAUUGAAGGAUAUAUUAAUCAUAAGUUGUGCAAACGUAUAAUUUUGCAAGAAAAUUUCAGUUGCACCUUGCAAGAAUUUAUGUAAUACAGUAAUCCUAAAUCCUGCCUCGCAUAUUUAAAGUCAGACCUUCCGUAUUAUUUAACAACACCGAUAUACAGUGGACCCCCGCAUAACGAUGGCAUCACAUAGCGAUUUUUCCGCAUAACGAUUACUUUUAUCGCAAAAUUUUUGCCGCGCAUACCGAUUAAAAACCCGCUUACCGAUUUUCGUCCGAGACGCGUCCAAUGUGCCCUCAGCCAGCCUCACAUGUGCCGGCCGUCCCAUUGUUUACCAGCCAGCCUCCGCGGUAACAUCCAAGCAUACACUCGGAAUAUUUCGUAUUAUUACAGUGUUUUCGGUGCUGUUUCUGGAAAAUAAGUGACCAUGGGCCCCAAGAAAGCUUCUAGUGCCAACCCUGUGGUAAAAAGGGUGAGAAUUAGUAUGGAAAUUAAGAAAGAUUUUGAAGGGUUUGGGGCUAACCCUGAGAAGCCUAUGCCAGUUGUGGAAUCCAUUGUGCCUACUUCAAAGAUUAAGGAAAUGUGUGCACAGUGGGUUGAACUGCAAACCUUUAUAGAUGAAAAUCACCCUGACACAGCUGUUGCAAGCCGUACUGGUGACUAUUUCAAUGACAAUGUUGUGGCCCAUUUUAGACAAAUCGUAAAGGAACGGGAGGUACAGAGCUCUAUGGACAGAUUUGUUGUGCGACAGAGGUCCAGUGACUCUCAAGCUGGUCCUAGUGGCAUUAAAAGAAGAAGGGAAGUAACCCCGGAAAAGGACUUGCUACCUCAAGUCGUAAUGGAAGGGGAUUCCCCUUCUAAACAGUAAGAAGAUAAUGCUCUCCCCUCCUCCCAUCCCAUCAAUCAUCACCAGAUCUUCAAUAAAAGUAAGUGUCAUUUAAUUGUGCAUGCCUUUUUCAGUUUGUGUGUAUUAAAAUUAACAUUUCAUGUGGUAAAAAAAAAUUUUUUUCAUACUUUUGGGCGUCUUGCACGGAUUAAUUUUAUUUCCAUUAUUUCUUAUGGGGAAAAUUCAUUCGCAUAACGAUUAUUUCGCAUAACGAUGAGCCCUCUUGCACGGAUUAAAAUCGUUAACCGGGGGUCCACUGUAUAUUAAUUUUGUGCUUCUCCAGCUUUCACAAUUAUAUACGUAGCAAAAAUAAAAUAUUAGCUCAGGUUUGGCAAAAUAAUUCUUGCCGAAUAAGUUUAAGUAGGCAGGUUGUGGCUAUUAGGUAUGGUAGAUGUGCUGAAUAUAAAACAUCACGGAAGUGGCCACAUUUAAGAUCUUUUGAUCAUUUUUUAAGUCAGUAGAUUAUUUUUUAUGUGAAUAAAAUGUAUGAAGUACAAUUAGAGUAAAAACUAAUAGGUUUUUAUAUAUUUAACCCAAAGUGUUGGUUAAUUGCAACUUUAUUUUUUUUAUGCAGAAGUACACAGAUUGCCAACUCUGAAAUGUAACAUGAUUCAGUAUUACAUUUUGAAUAAUGAUAGAGUUUGUGAAUCUUCUAUUUAUGAACAAAUUCAGUCUUAAAUGAACCUGGCUAAAUCUUCAUCUAUUUUAGAACAAUAGUACUAUAUAUUUAAAGUAGCUUUUCCUCUUUGUUCAACUUAAAAAUUUUGUCUUGCCUUCUUACUCACUCCUUUUCACCAUUGUUGCAUUGUUUGAGAGUUGCAUUAUUAAACUGAUUGUCCUGAAGAAUACAGAAAUACAUUAGCGUUAAUAAAGUGCUAAACCCAUGUGGGUCAUACAGCACUAAAAGUAAAUUACAAUAAUGUUGGUCGAGUAUUAGGAGCCUUUGUGUUUCCUUAUUCAUCAUUUUACUGUUUAGUCAUUAGUUGAUCAUAAAAAAUUAAAUGACAAAACAUGUAAUUUAUUUAGUGGACAUGUAUGUUUAUAUCAGAUAUUCAGUAUAGAAUAAAAACAUGAAAAUU